GUAACCCGUUCGUUUCAAUCCUCCGUCGUCUCUAACCCUAUAACCCUCUCUUCCUGUAAACGAAACAAACACGAGAUCGAAAAAAGCUUAAGAGCUCCGAGCAUUUACUGACUCCAAUCACUUCUAGAAGCGAAGCGAGCUUCCUUUUCAGUUUCCGAGUUUCGGUUUACAAGUCUGUUCAAGAAAGUUAUGGGAGACAGCGAGGCCAUGGUUACCCAGGGCUAUACCUCUGCACCGUACGGAGAAUAUAAUGCUUCUGUGGAAUCUACAGGGCAAGAAAACGCUUCUUUGGUCAAUGGGACUGGCCCUGAACCUGAAGGUGGUUCAAGUGUGCCAGUGGAAAAUGGAAAGGCAUCAGAUGAGGUGGCUGUUACAGCUCCAGGAGCGGAGCAUGUAGAAAAUGCUGUCUCUACUCUUUCACCAGAAGAGGAGCGCCUAUGGAGUAUUGUAAGGGCUAAUUCUUCAGAGUUCAAUGCUUGGACUGCCCUGAUUGACGAGACAGAGAGGAUAGCUCAGGACAAUAUAGGAAAAAUCCGGAAGGUGUAUGAUGCUUUCCUAGCUGAAUUUCCUUUGUGUUAUGGCUACUGGAAGAAGUAUGCGGAUCAUGAGUCUCGGGUGGGAGCUAUGGACAAAGUCGUGGAGGUUUAUGAAAGGGCAGUGCAGGGGGUGACAUAUUCAGUGGAUAUUUGGAUUCAUUAUUGCACUUUUGCCAUCAAUACAUAUGGAGAUCCAGACACGAUCAGAAGAUUGCUACAGAAAGUCCUCUCAUUUGUGGCGGAAAGAUCUGAUUGCAUCCAUGUGCAAAACGCUGCUUGGAAGAUGUCAACCAGUUUUGGGCUUAGGCUUUUUGAACGAGCUCUGGUUUACGUUGGGACUGAUUUUCUGUCAUCUCCACUGUGGGACAAAUACAUUGAGUAUGAGUGCAUGCAGCAGGACUGGAGCCGAGUUGCCAUGAUUUACUCCAAAAUAUUGGAAAAUCCUAUUCAAAAUCUUGAUAGAUACUUCGCCAACUUUAAGGAAUUAGCUGUAACAAGGCCUCUGUCUGAACUAAGGAGUGCCGAGGAAUCCACAGCAGUUGCAGCUGCUAGUGAUGCUUCUAAAGCUGCACCAUCUGAGUCUGAUGGAAAGGCAGAUGAAGGAAAAUCUCAAGCUGAUGUUUCCUCCGAACAGUCUCCUAAACUGGAAGCUGCUGGUUCAACUGAUCCCGAGGAGUUGAAGAAAUACAUUGGCGUCAGAGAAGCCAUGUAUAUAAAAGCCAAAGAGUUUGAAGCCAAGAUCAUUGGUUUUGAAAUGGCUAUAAGAAGACCAUAUUUCCAUGUGCGGCCUCUCAAUGCUACAGAGCUAGAGAACUGGCAUAACUAUCUGGAUUUCAUAGAGAAGGAUGGAGACUUCAAUAAGGUGGUCAAGCUGUAUGAAAGAUGUCUAGUUGCAUGUGCAAAUUACCCUGAAUACUGGAUUCGCUAUGUACUAAGCAUGGAAACAAGUGGAAGUAUGGACCUUGCAGACAACGCCCUUGCUCGAGCAACUCAAGUGUUUGUCAAGAGACAACCAGAAAUUCACCUUUUUGCUGCUCGAUUAAAAGAGCAGAAUGGGGAUAUAGCUGGUGCAAGAGCUGCAUUCCAAUUAGUGCACUCUGAAAUUUCUCCCGGACUUGUUGAAGCAGUAAUUAAACAUGCAAACAUGGAACAGCGACAAGGAAAACCGGAGGAUGCUUUUGCAUUGUAUGAGCAAGUGAUUGCUCUUGAAAUGGGAAAAGAGAACUCCACAGUACUGCCGCUGCUGUAUGCUCAGUAUUCAAGAUUUUCAUAUUUGGUUUCAGGGGACGCUGAGAAAGCUAGGAAGAUUCUAGUGGAAGCACUCGACCACGUGCAACCGUCAAAACCUCUCUUGGAAACACUGCUUCAUUUUGAGAGUUCUCUGCCAGCACCAAGACAGAUUGAUUACCUUGCGCCAUUUGUUGAGAAGGUUAUAAAUCCAAAUUCAGAUACCCAGAACAUUGCGAGUUCCACUGAGAGAGAAGAGCUGUCGUUGAUAUAUAUAGAGUUCCUGGGCCUCUUUGGAGAUGUUAAGUCCAUUAAAAAGGCAGAAGAUCAACACGCUAAACUCUUCCGCCGGAGCACGUCAGAGCUGAGAAAGCGUAGCGCGGAUGACUUUCUAUCUUCUGAUAGGACUAAAAUGGCGAAAAUUUACAACGGCACUACUCCUGCUCAGCCAGUGUCUGCACAGGCUCAAUGGUCUGGUGGAUACGCUGCACAGCCUCAGACUUGGCCACAAGCACAAGCCGCUCCUGCACAACCACAACAAUGGAACCCCACCUAUGGCCAGCAGCAGGCUGCGUAUGGUGCAUAUGGUGGAUAUCCCGCUGGUUAUACUGCUCCACAAGCACAAGCGCCCGUGCCACAAGCUGCUGCUUAUGGCGCAUAUCCUGCGCCGGCAUAUCCACCACAGAGUUACGCACCUCCUGCGGCACCAGUGGCUGCGCCGGUCCAGCAACCCGCUGCUGCUCCUCAAGCUUACUACAACACUUACUACUGAGCCUGAUAGUGUUUUUUUCUUUCGUUUUUGUUAUGAGAGAUUUAUAUAACCAUCUCCUCCUUAGCUACUUAAGUCGAGUGUCUGACUCGUGUCUGAAUGUUUACAUGUGUACGUUCUCGAUCAGUUACAUUAGCUUUUACUUUUCAGUUGCUUGAUACGUAAAAAGGUUCUUGAAUUUUCGCUGGUAAUGAUACAUAUUUGUAACCGGAGACGUUUCAAUCGAUUAACCGGUUUUGCUCGGUUUAAAUGA